GCUGCUUCGACCUGCUGUCCCCUACCCUCGCAUAUUUGUCCCGUAGAAAUGCAAAGUGCGAAACUGUGUCUGCAGCAUUUUCACGAGACAAUCGGACCCUGCUUAAGCCAGGCGCUUACCUGGACAUGGUUAUCCUGUGCUUCGCACAGAACAUGCAGGAUGGUUUUGGGACAAGGAACUCCUGGAGCCGACCUCGGUUUUUUGUGGCCAGACGAUGUCGCUCAUAUUAACUCAAACGCGAGUGGAAUAGGAGCGAGCUACGAUGGAGCGGAGCAAGGGGCUAAUCAUGAAGCUGAGCUUCUUUCCCACCGGGACCGGCCACUGCAAGAAAUGGCGAAGCAGCGCUGCUCCUGCGAUUUCUGCCUGAUCAACGCUGACGGGACUGUGGAAAAUUGCUGCGAACCCAACGACGAUUGUUUGUACGAAUGCGGAAAGCUGCCAUGCUGGGAAACGUGCCGGGCCGCGGUCGCGGAGGCGCUUGCAGCUUCGCCUGCCCAUGUGUCACCGUCGAGCAGUGCUGGUGGCUCAGGAACUACAACUAGCAUGAUGUCCGCCACAAAUUAUCAAACACUGGGAGGAACUGAUGGGCAGCAGCUUUUGGGUUUCAGCGCAUCAUCUUCCUCUGCACCAGGUGGAGCUCCUGCUUCAUCUUCAACGUCACAACUCUGCAGCUCUCUACUCUUGGAUUCUUUGCGGUGCUGUAUGGGUCAGGGCCAAAUCAAUGAAGAGCAGGACGUCGAGCUGCAUCAAUCACUACAAAAUAGUGAUGAACUACGUCACGAGGAGAUCAGUAAAAAUGCUGGACAUGAGGGCCGCGUGGAGCAAGAAAUUGAAAGAGAACUAUCUCCGCCAGAGGACCCCUUCCGUGAAAAGCUGAACGCCCUGGCGAAGAGGUUUCUAGCACUCCUCUUGGAACGGCCGAAGGUGCCUGUGCAAGAGUUUUCCAUCGUGCAGGACUGGAUUAACAUCGAUGGAAUCAACGGAAAACGGUUCUGUCAGCCUGCUUCUACUGCCCAUGGCGCAGCUAGCGAAGCUUCCGCUGCAUCGGAGGUGCGACGCGGAAGUACUGGUACAACUACAGUUGGCGCCGGCGCUAGAAGUAGAAGUUCCUCGUCUUCACAAAUAUUUCCCAGAGCAGCAACAUUCCUAGCAGCGGCACCACUUGCACAAACCAUGGUGGCCGGUGGUAGCGGUAGUGGUGCACCAGCGUACUCUUCAUUACACACCCCCUCUCCGCAAGAACAGGUCCAGUAUCCUCACGGUAGUACCGCAUCCACGGAAGAAGAUAUUGAGGCUGCUGGUGGUGCUUUCCCGCCCCCAGUGAGGAGGAGCGCCGCAUCUUCUCGUCCUGUAGUGCUGCGGCGCCCUUGGCUGUGCCCUCCGCCAGUCCAUAACUACAAAUUGUUCAAAGACCAGUACGCGUUGAACCUCGUCAUUGACGACCUGCACUUUGCCGUGUUGUACGUCAAAGCAAGAGGAGAAGAAGGCGAAUUGUAGGCGCAUGCCGACGAGGUGGAACAUACAGAAAACUAUAGACAGAGCACAAUCCUGAGAGAGGGAGAGCCUCAACUUCCUCACUUGAUAAAGUGGAAGAAAAAUACUUUCGCAUGACCUGUUGGCGAAGAUGAUGUAUCACGGAAAAAAUAGUGCGGACGCGACAUCUAGCGACGCAUUAAGUGUUGACCGUGCUGAAGCUGAACAGUAACGAUGUACAAUAUUCAAACGACGCGGCGAUGUAGAAGUAGUAUCCGACAACAUGUCCGACUAUGUAUCCGCCUCCGAGCCGGAGAAGAAUGAUAACUAAAGUGCAAGUGGAAUAAUAGAAUAUUAAGGCAGACGAGAAUACAGUUUUAUGUUGACGCGGAAAAUCGGGUUUCUGCAGGAGCAGGACUACACUACAAUACAAAAGAAUCGCUGAGGCAUCCUGGUUCAUCUUUUUCUUUUUGAAGAACUUGCACGUUUUACCGUUUCCCUUUCCGUUUGCGAAUGCAUUUUUGUAGUUGCCUCACGGUUGUAUUGAGGCAAGUGUACGACCUGUCCAAUCCGCACUGAAAAUCCUCCACAAGAACGUGGUCGAAAGUAUCCAUUUUUCCCCAAAGUGCAGUACUAUGGAAAUCAAAUGUCAAUACAUUUUGCUGCUCUAUGCUGUUCCAACACGUUCCGUCGCAAUCGUGUACGUGUUUCACUAGAUUACCUCCAAUGACGGGACACUAGCG